AUGUUUGCGGCGCUGAUGGCGAUUCAAAAAAAUGGUGCUUCUUUUAUCGUCUCCCAUCCCUUAAACAAAUCCAAAGGUAUCUUCGCUACUCAUUAUUCCCUUCUUUCUUUACACCGUUCAUCAUUUUCAGAACCAGGUAACCAAAUCUUACCCCCCAAAACGAUUUUAGGUCGUUUUCAUUCGACUUCUUCCUCCAAUCGAGCUAAACAUCCUCGAUCUAUAUUCGAGCAAAUUACUAACCUUGAUGAUGCCCUCAAACUGUUCGAUGAAAUGACACAUAAACAACCUCUCCCUUCAGUUCUUAAAUUCAACAGGUUGUUGCAAGCUGUUACCAAAAUGAAACAAUAUUCUUGUUCGAUUGAACUUUUUAAACAAAUGAAUCUCAUUUGUGUUCCUGUGAAUGCCUACACUAUUAGCAUUGUGAUCAAGUGUUGUUGCCAAAUGCACCGCACAAGUGAAGGAUUUGCAGUCUUAGGCUAUGGCUUCAAACGCGAUAUAUUACCGAAUGUCUGCACCUUUAGCACACUCUUAAAUGGACUCGUUCUAGAAGAUAGAAUCCUCAAAGCUGAAAAGUUAUUCAAGAAGCUGAUCAAAGAAGGACUUUGUAAGCCUAAUGCAAUUAUGUACAACACUAUGAUUAAAGGGCUUUGCGGAUUUGGUAAUAAUGAAACGGCCAUUGCUUUGCUUAAAUUGAUGGAUGGAAGGGGUUGUAAACCUGAUGUGGUCACAUAUAACACCAUCAUUGAUAGUCUUUGCAAGGACAAAAUGGUCGAUGACGCUUUAAAGCUCUUCAAUGAAAUGGUCUUCCACAAAGGCAUCCUACCAGAUGUUGUGACUUACAAUUCUUUGAUUCAUGGCCUUUGUAACUUAUGUCGUUGGGAUGAUGUCUCUAAUUUGCUCAAAGAGAUGGAGGACCAAAGUAUCUCUCUAGAUGUUCGGACAUAUAGUAUAUUAGUUGAUGCACUUUGCAAGGAAGGGAAGGUGGAGGAUGCAAAUUGUAUUAUCAACUUAAUGAUUGAAAGAGGGAUUGAUCCUAAUGUAGUGACUUACAGUUCGCUUAUUGAUGGGUAUUGUUUGCGAGGUGAAAUGAGCAAAGCAAACGAAGUUUUUAAUUUGAUGGGGUCUCAAGGUCUGGUCCCUGAUAUUCUCACUUAUAAUAGUUUAUUGAAUGGGUAUUGUAAGAAAUUGUUGAUAGAAGAGGCCAUGCAUUUGUUUAAUGAAAUAACUAAAAAAGGUAUGAAACCCGAUGUGAUCGCUUACAGUACCAUGAUACAGGGAUUGUUUCGAGUUGGACGUGGUAAAGUUGCAUAUGAUCUGUUUCAUGAGAUGCGAACAAACAAACUGAUGCUAAAUGAAAGCACUUACACAAUAGUCUUGAAGGGUCUAUGCAACAACAAACAAGUGGACGAAGCACUCUCUUUGUUCCAUUUGAUGGGUGGCAACAAGCUAAAUUCCUAUAUAAAGGUGUACACUAUACUCAUUGAUGGUGCAAGUAGAACUGGGAAACUUGAUGUUGCAAGGGUUCUUUUUAAUGACCUAAAUGUUAAAGGUUUGCAACCUCAUGUUAGGACAUAUAAUGUGAUGAUUAAUGGUUUUUGCCGCGAAGGUCUUGUGGGGGAAGCAAAAGAGUUGUUUCUUAAGAUGGAAGAAAGAGGUUUCCUGCCAAAUAGCGUGACUUACAACGUUCUUCUCCAAGGAUUACUUAAAAACCAACAACAUGAUACCAUAGAGAUGCUUUUACUGGAAAUGGAAGGGAAAGGUUUCUCAGUUGAUGCUACAACUGUAUCGCUAUUACUUGAUCAUAUAAAAGCUAGAUCUUUAGAUGCUUCUUUGCUUAAGCUGAUUGGUAAGCUUGUGCCAAAAGAAGGAGUGGAUGCUCUUUGA